AUGGAGGAUGAAUGGGAUAUGGAUAGUAUUCGGUCGAUGGUAUCGAAGACGAAAGGUUAUUACGCCCGCGAUUACAGCGUCUGGUUGGGUUGGAAUAAUAUGCGAUAUAUUAUUGAAGCCAGCUUAUUACACGCUAACCUGCUGAAUCGAACACUCGUCCUUCCGAGUUACGUAUACGCUAGGGCUUGCGAACACAACAUUCACACCUGCGCUGACUUUUCAGAGAUGGUAAACCGUGGGGAUGCUAUUGGGUGGGAUGAAUGGAAAAUCCUACCCAUAGAGGAGCAAAUGGGAUGGCGCGUACCCAUUAGCGUCAUGCUUGAUCUUAACCGCCUUCGUCACUUUCACCCUGUCGUCACCGUCGCCGAGUACCUACAGCUUCACGACCUUGAUCUAUCAAAGGAACUACCAAAUGGCCGCUGGGGGAGGACGGAAUACCUACAAAAACCCGACCAUCCAUCCCUUUUCAUUAUCCCUAACAAGGACUUCGAUCAUGGUAAAUAUGGGGAUUUAGUUCGCGUUGACAAGUUACCGCCACCGCCCCCUGGAGGCCCCUCAGAACCAACUGACAUUACCAAGAUAUUACUAGAAGAAUUGAAGGCCAGCGGGAGGCAUACAAUAAAUAUAGACGGGGCCAAAUCUGUUUUAGAAUUCCAGAAUUCGAAAGCCUGGGGUACCGAAGCCGAAUUAGAAAAUAUCCUGGAACGCGAGGGAUGGUUGGUUCUGUAUACAUUUGAAGGACCGGAGGCACAGAAGACUGUCGUAUUUCCGGUCAAGCAAUUUGCGAGGCGCGAACUUGCUCGUGGGCUUGUCGAUGACUAUGACAAGGAAACCGCCCAUGUAUUGCUUCUUGACUCUGAGACUCAUGACAGACGCCCGGCGGGGGACCUCCGAUUUACCACUGAGUCGGCUCGGAAAAACUUCGCCAAUCUAAUUUUACAAGGUGUGAAACCUCUUCCUUCGAUAUUCAAGGCCGCGGAACGCGUUGCCGAAAGGAUGCUCGAAGUGAACGGUGGAAGAAUGUGGGUGGCCGCACAUAUGCGGAGAGGGGAUUUCCUGCGAUGGGGCUUCCAACUUGAGUACAGUAUUCGAAAGCACCUAGAACGGAUCAAAAAUAAUAUCCAGCGUGGUCGUGAGGUCUUGCGAGAUAUGUCGGAGAAAAAUGUGUCAUUGGUAACGUACGACGUACCGAAUGUGACGCCGGACACUCCGUAUCUGCGUUCUCCUCCACCCAACAGCAGCGAUAAAUUCUUCAUAGCCACCGAUGCACGCACUGAAGGCGAACUGAAGCACAUUCGUGAAAACGGAGGUGUCCUUAUUGUUGAUCUCCUUUCACCAUCUGACAGACGAUUAGUCGGAUGGCCACUUCUCAUCACCGACGUGAUGGGCAUUCUGGAACAGGUUGUGAUGUCCCAUGCGCAUUACUUUUGCGGGUAUCAUGUGUCUAGCUUGCCGGGUGGUGUGUUAAAUUUGCGGGCGUCAGGAGGGAUGGAUCCUCGCACGGCGUUCAUCGAUCUUAGUUAG